UCAUUACCACUUCUCUAAUUCUACCAUUCCUUUUCAUUUUCAUAUAAUUUUCUAUCAUGUCAACCAAGGUAGCCGCUGAGAUUCCCCCGGAGUUGGGUGGUGAAGUAGUGAAAGAGUGUAAUUUGGUGGUUGUGAGAGAGUAUGAUGAGAAAAAUGAUAAGGUGGCCGUGGAGGAGAUAGAGAGACUCUGUGAAAUCGGUCAGAGAGGCAAGCCAACUCUUGUCACUGACCUCAUGGGUGAUCCCGUUUGUCGAGUUCGCCACUUCCCUUCUCACAUCGUCCUGGUUGCAGAGUAUGGAAAAGAAAGGGAAAUUGUGGGAGUUAUAAGAGGCUGUGUAAAAACAGUGACAAGAGGAGCUUCAGGUUUUGUAAAACUGGCUUAUCUUCUCGGACUUAGAGUCUCCCCAUCUCACAGAAGGCUCAAUAUUGGCACAAAACUAGUCCUUAAACUUGAAGAAUGGUGCAAACAAAUUGGUGCUGAAUUUUCAUACAUGGCCACAGAUUGUACCAAUGAGCCUUCUGUCAAUUUAUUCACCAAAAAAUGUUCAUACAUCAAGUUUCGUACCCUGACAAUGUUGGUCCAACCGGUUCAUGCUCAUUACAAGUCAAUAAGUUCGAGUGUAUCCAUUGUUCGGUUACCCGAAAGAUUAGCUGAAUCCAUCUAUCGUCGAGUUUUCGUGAACUCGGAGUUUUUCCCUCAAGAUGUUGACUUGAUUUUGUCUAGCAAACUUAAUUUGGGUACUUUCAUGGCCGUGCCCAAAAAAUUUCUCCCGAAAUGGGAUCCAAGAACUGACAUUCUUCCGCCGAGUUAUGCGAUUUUAAGUGUGUGGAACACUAAGGAAGUGUUCAAAUUGCAAGUGAAGGGAGUGUCUCCGUUGGCAUAUGCUUGGUGUAUGGGUUCAAGGUUGCUUGAUGCUUGGAUGCCAUGGUUGAGGCUGCCUUCGUUUCCGGACGUUUUUCGGAAAUUCGGGUUGUAUUUCUUGUACGGGCUGCAUAUGGAAGGCAAAAAUGGGCCGGGCCUGAUGAAAUCUCUGUGUGCAUUUGCUCAUAAUAUGGGCCGAGAUGAUGGGGAAUGUGGGGCCGUGGUGGCUGAAGUAGGCCCAAGGGACCCAGUCAGAGAGACCAUUCCUCAUUGGAGGAAAUUCUCUUGGGCUGAUUUGUGGUGCAUUAAGAAACUUAAGGAUGAUAUGGACGACUCUGAUGAAAAAUGUGCACCGUCUGAUUGGAUGAAAUCACGAUCGUCUUCCUCAGUUAUUUUUGUUGACCCACGUGACUUUUGAUGAUUAACACUAUACCUUUUCAUGAAUUUUCAUCCGACGGUUGUCAAAUGAUAUUGUAACCCUUCAUGAACAAAAAUUAGAUUUAGUAUUUUGUACACACAAUGU